GGCUUAUUCUGGGGUAGUUUGAAAGAGUAGUUGGGCGGGCUUUUCUUAGACUGGAGUCGGGGAAACUGCCUAGUGAGUGUUGGUGGCGCACUUCUUCAAUUUUGUUUGGCUGCAAAACCCAAACGGUAAAGCUAACUUGCGUGCAUUCGCGCAAGACAUAAAGGCACUUUUUAAAAAUACGUAUGAUUGUAGUUACGUUUUAAGGUGUUUGAUAUAUCUUUUCUAAAACAAUGGAUGCGUAUGAUAAUGUAAGUUCGACAACAGACCCUGAGGAACUAGGGAAAGUUCAUGAAGGUGAAAGCGACGAAGACGACCAGCAAGACGACGUGGAAUUUGGGUCUGACGAUGAGAUUUUAGACUUAGUUGGCAAACCCAGCGACUCCGUGACUGCGGCUCCGGAUUCUACCAAGUCGGAGAUUAAGCCGUUGAUUCCAGCAGAGCCAUUAGAAGAGCCUCGGCACCAAGAAAAAAAGGAAGAGAUGCUGAAGCCUGUCGCCGGGGAGGUGGCUACUCCGCCCGCGCCCUUGGCUCCAUCAUCCAGCUGUUUAGAUGAGACCCUUUUUCCUUCUGCUCCAUCUGAGCCUCUGCUGCAUCCUUUUCCAGAGAGCUCUGUGGAACUUCCUGCUCAGCUGCUUCAGCCAAGGGAUUCUGCUGCACUAACUUUUGAAAUUGCUGCUCCUGUUUCCUCUUUAUCUCCUCUUCAUUCUCCUGAUUCAUUGGAAGAACUUUGUUUUUCUGAAAGUCCAGACCAAGUCUAUUGUUUUGAAACUGAAGCUAGUGUCUCACAAAUCAAUAAGAAUUUGUCAUCAGUAUUGGGCGAAAAGGUUUUGUUUGCAGAGGAUAACUUAGAGAGUCAAACCAAGAAAGCUGGAGUGAGUCUUGACCAUGAUAUCGUGUUCGGACAUUCAUUAGAAAUCCAGUCCGCCUCAGGCAUUUCAAAGGAUAAUGAACUGUCUGCUGAGACUACUCAACAGGAAGAUGUACUCCAGAAAAGCCCUUUUGAUUCUUUACAUGCUUGUGCUAUGUCUGAGCUCACAGAGCAUACUGGUACAGGGUUUAAAAGCUCUGGCAGCAAUGUAGGGGACAUUUCAAAGAGAGAGCAGACAGUUGAUGGCGCAGUUGAGUCAUCUCAGGAUACCCCACUCAGUACAUUGGGUAAAAUUAAUGAAACUAGUGUACCCAGCCUUGAAAAGAAAGGAGACACUACUGUAGGGUUUCAGGGUCUCUUGGAAGAAAGUGGUAAUGAGUUGAAGCUUUCUUUAGUUAGUACUUCUAAUGAAACUCCUGAAUCUCCAGAAACUAUAUCCCCUGCAGUGCCAUCACCUCUUAUUCCUGAAGUGAAAUCUUCAUUGGCCACUCAACCAUAUGUGACAUUUGCAACUUUUGAUCCUACUCAGGCAUUUCAGUCCCCAUUGCCCAGUGUGGAAGUUUUUGGCAGGGAUGUAUCUGUAAAAGAAGAUUCUUUUCUUAAAGAUAUUUCUGAUCAGAUGGAUGCAGAGCCUGUCAUGAGCCAUCUUCAGUUUAAACCAGUUAUGCCCUCUACUGUUGUUUUGUCCCAUGUUGUAGAAGUAACAGAUGACGGUACAACUAUAAAGAUUUGUGAAAGUCCUACACCUGACAUUGUACAAGGGGCUUGUGAUAGUGAACAAGAUUUGUCAACUUUAAAGUCUGGAGAUGAUGCAACUGUUGAUCUUGUUCAAGUAUCAGAGUCUAUCAAGGAGUUAAGGGACCCUUUCAUGAAUUUAGCUGACUCGCCUCAAGAGACUGUUGGAUCUGUUAUGCCACCAUCUCUGCCAGAUAUCUUGGAGUCUCCUUUAAGUUCAGGUAAAGUUGCAUCUGGAUCUUCAGAGGGAACUCCCGAUUCUGAUAUAUGCCCUGUUAGGAAGGAACAUUUAGAUACAAUUACAGAGACCCUGGAUGCUUCAGUCAUUGAAGGAAAAACGACUAUUGAAGCAGAGGUAGAUAUUUCAAUGAAGUAUGAAACUUUAAAUGAUAUCACUUUGGGUGAACAUGAAAAUGUACCUGCUUUUGGACUAGAUAGCCAGCUUACUGCAUGUGAUUUGGUAAAGGAAGCACAAAAUAUGACCAGUGAUACCUUUUAUCCUUCUGCAAAUGUUGAGGAAAAUCUUAUUGUAGACAAUAUGGAUACAUUUUUAUGUAUUACACAGGAAGUAGUCACUCUGAAUGUUGCUGCAUCUGGGGAUGCAAAAUCAUCUAAUGUAAUUGGUCAGCAGGAGACUUGGAAACUUCUUCAACAGGAUCAAUCCAUUGUGUCCGACAUGGAAGAAAAUGUACCUAUUGUUACAUCUUCAGGUUUUGAAAUUGAAAAUGAAGAUGACAUGUUAGAAGAAGUUAAGACAUUAAUUCAAGGAUCUCGUGAGUCUGCAGAUGAAAUCUCUCCUUUGAAACAUGCCGAAGAAGUCAAAACAUCUGUUUACCAAGAAUUACUACCUGAAGAAUUUGAAAUAAUAGAUCCUUUACCUACCAAGUUAACAGAAAAUGCAAAUGACUUUUUGGAAGCUAUGGAUAAAUCUGAAGUUGCAGCCAUUUCUGAACAACUUAUGACACAAGAUGCCCAUACAUCCAGCUUUAAGGUAGCUGAAGAAAUUGCAAAUGUGCAUGCAUUUUGUGCAAAGAAAGCCGAUGAUCAGUUUUUAGAACUGAUGCCAGAGGAAGAGAAACUGGAAUCUGUACAAGAAACUAAGAUUAUUGCUAGCAAAUAUUUAGCUGAAGAUAAAAUUCCUGAAGUUUCUGCAGAAGCUCCCUGGAUAGCUACACAGAUUUCUAGUGUCCAUUCUACUACUGAAGAACUCUGCCAACCAGUACUACUUUUAAGGAAGGAGGAGGACAAGGCACCUGCUGAAAGAACUGAAGUAUCCAAAGUUGAUCGGUCAGAAAGUCUGAACGGAGCAGUGGUCGAUCUCCUGUACUGGCGUGACAUCAAGAAGACUGGCAUAGUCUUUGGAGCCAGCCUCUUCCUGCUCCUCUCUUUGACGGUGUGCAGUAUUGUUAGCGUCAUCUCCUACCUGGCUCUGGCCCUUCUGUCCGUCACCAUCAGUUUCAGGAUAUACAAGGGUGUUGUGCAGGCAAUUCAGAAGUCCGAUGAGGGCCACCCUUUCAAGGCAUAUUUGGAAUCUGAUGUUGCAGUUUCUGAGGAGUUUGUUCAUAAAUACAGUGAUGCUGCACUUGGUCGUGUCAACUGUGCACUGAAAGAGCUUCGCCAUCUGUUUCUGGUGGAGGAUCUUGUUGAUUCUCUUAAGUUUGCCGUCUUGAUGUGGAUCCUCACUUACGUUGGUGCUUUGUUUAAUGGCCUGACUCUGCUAAUACUUGCUCUCAUUUCAGUGUUCAGCAUCCCAGUAAUUUAUGAAAGGCACCAGGCACAGAUUGACCAUUAUUUAGGAUUGGUGAACAACCAGAUCAAAGAUAUUGUUGCAAAAAUCCAAGCUAAAAUUCCUGGACUGAAGCGCAAAACUGAGUAGGACGUCUCGAGCAGAAGCCUCCGUGGGCACAGCCUGUCAUGCUACUGAGGGAGAGCAGCGCAUGAAUUGAUAACGUUGACUUAGCCGUGCAGUUUCACCGAUCUUUACAGUAUAAUGUUGUGAAGAAACUUUUUAUUCCUCUAAUGCUGUUCUUGGACCUUACAGCGUACAGGUGUUCCAUGCCACUGGUGUGUCUCCAGUUAGCUCCGAUUACUACUUCUAAAACACUGGUCUGUAUUAAAGAAAUAAAAUAUUCGAGAAAAUUCUUUGUUUUGUCAUGUCAGUCUUACAUUUAAACUCUGUAUUCAGAAGGCGCACUGCAACUAUAAUAGUGGUUUUUCUUUUUGUUUUUUUCCACCCUAUUGUACUGUUUUCUACAGGCCAGGUUUCUGGUAAUUUUUAAAUAUGGUGGUACCACUGUGGCAAGCAACACAGGCAGUGAUUUUUGGUAUGAAAACUUAGUGGUAUUGUGAUUUUACUGUUUUAUUGAUUUAUUAAUAAAUGUAGUGUUUCACGAAAGCCAAGCUUUAUUCUGCAGCUCCACAGGGCUUGAUAUUUCAGUCAUCUGAGAGCCAUCAGGUCUUACAGCACACAAAAAGCUUCCAAGUAUUUAGGACCUUAGUACUCUUUGCAAGAACAUUACGCAGACGUCACCUCAUCGAGUUUGCCUAGUUUAAAAAGAGCCGCAACGUUUCCACCAUGAACACGUUAACCUGCUGUCAUCUGUGGACCCAUGUCUAAUGCUGCAAAUGUGUUACCUGGAAAAUUUCAAGCAUUGUCUGUUAUGCAAGUAAUUGUCAUGACUUCUGCUGAGAUUAAAGUCUGUGGAAUGCAUUGUGAGAUGUAAACAAAAGUCAAUAAAGCUUAUUAGUCCAA